AAUGCUAGGAGCGCUACCUCGCGGAUUUAGCGCGAUACAGAGCCGACAUUCCAAAAUCCAAGUUGGAAGCAGUGUUUUUGUUCGCCGAUAAAACCUUCUUCUCGGGCAGAUAUUUCGCAAGAGUGAAAGUGAGAAAGAGUGCCAGUUUGUUCCCAAGAAGUUCCUUGGAGUGUUGUUGAUCAUUAGAAGCUGCAGAAAUGGGUGCCACAAAGGUGUACGUGAUCGGAUGCGGAAUGACAAAGUUCGAGAAGCCGGGAAAACGGCAGAACUUUGAUUAUCCGGACAUGGCCAAAGAGGCUGUCCAGAAGGCUCUGGCUGAUGCUAAAGUGGAUUAUUCGGCUAUUAAGCAGGCUUUUGUGGGAUUUGUCUAUGGGGAUUCAUGCAGUGGCCAGAGAGCUCUGUAUGAUAUUGGCAUGACUGGAAUCCCAAUUUACAAUGUCAAUAAUAAUUGUUCCACGGGAUCCAGUGCACUGUUUCUGGCUAAGCAACUUGUUGAAUCUGGGGUGAUUGAUUGUGCUCUGGCAUUGGGAUUUGAGAAGAUGGAAAGGGGAUCCCUGAGUGCUAAAUAUUUUGACAGAGCCAAUCCCAGUGAGAAAUUGGUUGAAGUGAUGGGUGGUCUGCAUGAUAUCACAGGAUCUCCCAUCACAGCUCAAUUCUUUGGGAAUGCUGGACUUGAGCAUAUGAAGAAAUUUGGCACAAAACCUGAACAUUUUGCCAAAAUUGCCUACAAAAAUCACAAACAUUCCGUCAACAAUCCCUACUCUCAGUUCCAAGAUGAAUACACCCUGGAGCAAAUUAUGAAAUCCCCAUCAGUCCAUGGGUACCUCACGAAGCUCCAAUGCUGUCCAACGAGCGAUGGAGCUGCUGCCUGUGUCCUGGCCUCAGAGGAAUUUGUCAAGCGUCAUGGGCUAGAAGCUAAUGCCAUUGAGAUUGUUGGCAUGGAAAUGGCCACAGAUCUGCCCUCGACGCACACAGAGAAGAGCAUGAUGAAAGUUGUUGGUUACGAUAUGACACGCUUUGCUGCCCAGAAACUCUUUGACAAAUCAGGAUUCAAGCCGACAGAUGUGCAAGUUGUUGAGCUGCAUGAUUGCUUCUCAGCCAAUGAGUUAAUCACCUACGAAGCCCUUGGACUCUGUCCACCAGGAAAAGCUGGAGAAUUGAUUGACAGAGGAGAUAAUACCUACGGUGGAAAGUACGUAAUCAAUCCCAGUGGAGGAUUGAUCUCCAAAGGACAUCCUCUGGGAGCUACAGGUUUAGCUCAAUGCUCAGAAUUGUGCUGGCAAUUGCGAGGAGAAGCAGGAAAGCGUCAAGUUAAGGAUGUCAGACUUGCAUUGCAGCACAAUCUGGGACUCGGAGGAGCUGUUGUGGUAUCCCUCUACAGGAAGGGUUUCCAAACAGGUCAGCAAGGCUCCUCCGGGAACACAGGAUCCGGUGGGAGAAUUAAGGGAAAUCCCGAUGGCUUCAAGGUGUCUCCGUACAUGGAAUUCCUGAGUCAGGCCAUGGAGGAGGAUGAGGAGAAUCUGGUGGAGAAAUUCCGUGGAGUUUAUGGCUUUAAGGUGACUGGAGGACCAAAUGGUCAGGAAGGAUAUUGGAUUAUUGAUGCAAAGCAGGGAAAAGGAACUGUGAUCUACAAUGGAAGUCAAAAAUGCGAUGUUACCAUCAUUAUCAAUGACAAUGAUGUCACUGAUCUUCUUUCCGGAAACCUGAAUCCGCAGAAGGCUUUUAUGACGGGAAAACUGAAGAUUCAGGGCAAUAUGGGCCUGGCCAUGAAACUGGUGGAACUUCAGAAGAUUGGUCUGCAGAAGUUGGGCCAGAUGAAGUCAAAACUUUAAUCUGGGAAUUUGUUGAUUUUAUCUACUAAAAUUUCUUUUUUAUUUCGGUAUGAAUGGUAAGUAAUUUUUAUCUACUCAAGCGCAGGGAUAGGAUGAUUCACAAAAUGCAUCGAGGUUAUUAUUUUUUUGUACAAAAUAAACUUGCAAUUUGUGGUGGUUCA